UCUCUCUCUCUCUGUGUGCAGGACUGGUCUCUGGCGGUUCAGGUCUCAGGUGACCUCUCUCUCUCUCUCUCUCUCUCUCCCUCUCUCUCUCUGUGUGUGCAGGACUGGCCUCUGGCGGUUCAGGUCUCAGGUGACCUCUCUCUCUCUCUCUCUCUCUCUCUCUGUGUGCAGGACUGGCCUCUGGCGGUUCAGGUCUCAGGUGACCUCUCUCUCUCUCUCUCUCUCUCUCUCUGUGUGCAGGACUGGCCUCUGGCGGUUCAGGGUUUCCUGCGGGCUGCAGAGAGUUACAGACUGGCGGCCAUGUUGGAUUCUGCAGCCGCUGCCCUAAAAGAGGCAGGAAGUCACAUGAUCCAAUCGGAUCAGUUCAGCCAUAAUGACAUCAUCGGCGUGCUGACAGAGUGUCUGAGUUUGACAGAAAGCAUCACGGACCCGAGGAUUCUGGGUGAGUUGUACCUGUCAGUGGGUGUCUCUUACUGCCAUCUCAGGUGUUUCCAGGACGCCGCGCGGUGCUUCCAGCUGGCUCUGGGCCCCGCGGCUCAGCGCCCCCCCCUGCUGGCCAAAGUGCUGCACAACCUGGGAGCCGCUCUGAACUCUGUGGGCCAGUUCACACCUGCUGUGGGCUACCACAGGCUGGCCGCUGGACUCUACGGCUCUCUGGGUUGCCGUGGCGACCAGGCUCGGUGUUUCAGUAACUUGGCUUUUGCCUUCAGUCAGCUGGGUGAUGAAGACGAGGCGGCGGAGAGCUUCAUCCACGCUCUGCAGGGAUUCAGAGACACAGAGGACCACCUGGCUCAGGUCCAGGUGUGUGAGUCGUUGGCAGAGUGUUACCUGAAGCAGAGGAAGCAGCAGAAAGCUGUCCAGCUCUACAAACAGGCUCUGGCCGCCCUGACUCACUGCAAGGACAGUUCUGGCUCUGUUCGGGAUCGUCUGGUGGAGCGUCUGACUGCAGCUCUACAGCAGAGUCUGACUGUCAGUCCGCAGGUCUGAUCACAUGACACAACGCUGACCGACCGCCAAAACACCACAUCACGCUGACCGACCGCCAAAACACCACAUCACGCUGACCGACCGCCAAAACACCACAUCACGCUGACCGACCGCCAAAACACCACAUCACGCUGACCGACCGCCAAAACACCACAUCAGGCUGACCGACCGCCAAAACACCACAUCUGCUG